AUGCUAUCGAAACGUAUCCUCACGUCCAGUCGACCCUUGUCCACAUCCGCCGUUUCUAACUCAUGGUUUGGUGAUUUAUUCGGCAACAAGAAAUCGAAAAUAACCAGUCAACAGAAACGAUCCGAUAUAAUUGAAAAACAAGAUGACUAUAUAGAUAAAGAACUCACCAAGAUUACUCAUUUAACUCGUGAAAAUUCUCCUCAGUAUUUGGCAAAGAAACAACAGAAUAAAGUGAAGCCCGAGUUCAAAGUACGUGAUUGGAAGAAUGUCAAGUUUUUACAUGCUAAAGAUUUGGAACUGUUUUAUGAUGAUAAAGCCAAGUUACAAAACGUCGUGAAUCAAACUUAUAAAGAUGUAACGGGAACUGAUACUGACAUAGAGCUUAAUGAUUAUGAGUCUAUUGAUUUACAUGAUUUGAAAUUGAGGUUUGCGUUUGUUAAGCAAUUGCAAUCCAAUUUAGGAUUUGAAUUGAAUGAUUAUGUCAUUAGUUGUAGUCAUGAUUUGCUUUCGUUAUAUUAUGAAGUUGAAAAAGUUGUUAAUAAGAGGUGGAGCAGUGAAAGGAACCCCAAUGCCAUUGUUUUGAGACAAAGUGAUUUUCAGGCCAAGAAUGUAUACCUUAAUGAAUCAAGAGAUGAGUAUGAAAAGCAAAAGGAGUUUUCUAAAUUGUUGAAAGAGCUUGAGAGAUUGGAGCAAAAAGCAGAACAAGAGGCUUAG